UCGUGUACUGACGCCACCACAACUGCCCUCCAAGCCGCCCCUUAUCUCUUCAUGGCAGCAACGAGUGACAGCGGGCUAGUGGACACAGAUCCAGGUCGAGUUAGCAGCAUGACAGCCAUUAACUCGGGUCCGGUCGGGGAGGUGGGCGGCGUGAGGCUGCCACUGCAGUCAUUACAUGGAUACGGAUCUGUGUUCAUGUACUCGGCGUCGACGAGUCCCGGGGGUGGAGGUGGCCAGGGUGGCGGAGGCGGGGGUGAAGUCACCCUCCGCCUCCGCGAACCCGAGGACAUUCCCGAAGAGGUCCUCGCCCGCCUCGAGGACACCGCCACUCUCUCCAUCUCUCUUCAAAGCGAUGCAGUCCUGAGGCUAGGGGCGGCUGGCGCAGGAAAUGGGAACUUGGAGUUAUUCGAUAGUGAGAGCGGGCCGGACCUCACGCUAUCACCUCAAACCUUCACGUCAACGGCGGAGGCCUUCAUCAAUGACAAUAGCGACAGUCUCGGAGUUCCAGGAGACAACGAUACCGGUAGCAGCGAGGAAUCGAGGGCCGGUGGCGGUGAUCCUGGAAAGCUGGGGGUGAAGAAAUCGAGACCGAAGGCCUCCUCGCCGAACAGGCAGGGACCACAGCAGUGUCAGGUCUGCGGGAAGGUGUUCAACAACGCAUCGGCGCUCACGAAGCACAAACUGACGCACAGUGACGAGAGGAAAUACGUGUGCACGAUGUGCGGCAAGGCGUUCAAACGGCAGGACCACCUGAACGGACACAUGCUGACACAUCGAAAUAAGAAGCCGUACGAGUGCAAGGCCGAGGGUUGCGGCAAGUCUUACUGCGACGCGAGGAGCUUGAGGAGGCACACGGAGAAUCACCAUGCCGGCAGCAAAAUCAACGAAAGCAUCAGUCCUAGCAGCCCCACGACCGGGCCUCACACGCCUAACACCCCCGGAAGCAAUCCCAGCACACCGAGCACACCUGGUGCAACCUCCACGACAAAUGGUCACGGGCACGCGGCCUUGAAGCAGCUCCUCGCCACCGAACCCGCGCAAACGCAACAGCAAAAGAGCGCCACAUCUCCUGGCGCCAGUAACGAUGGCCUCACGAAGCAGCAGCUGGAGCUUAUCCAGCAGAUUAUGCAGCAAACGCAACAACAGCAACAACAGACAACUACACAGCAACAACAGCAACAGCAGCAGCAGCAGCAACAGCAGCAGCAGCAGCAACAACAGCAGCAGCAGCAGCAGCAGCAACGGACUGCGACUCCCUCGACAGCGGUAACCACACAAAUUCAAAAGACACAAAAACCGUCCAUCAAAUCCACUGCGUCGCCCGGUAACAUUUCCAACAGUUCCGCAAGCGGAAACGCCACCAGCAAUGCGAGAUCGAGUCCAAAACCGAAGAUGUGGAAUCACUCGCAGGAUAUCCUAUGCGAGACUGCGCCGUUGGAACACAUCAGAGAAAUUGAUGAGAUAUCCGCCGCGAUCGAGUACUACGGUAUCGUGAAAGAUGAACGUGGUAGGUCGCUGGCGAGGAUCGAUAGCUAUCUCGCGAUCUAUCAGCUGCACACGCUGCGAACGAUGACGAGCGAAAUACCUGCAGCUGGUUCGAGGGGAGACAUGCCUCGCGGCAGCAUCGAAUAUGUACUUACGACUAAGCUUAGAAUUCUCGAUUCCGGGAAGCUUGAUGGAAGAGGCAGCAACUUCGCUCUUCUCGCAGCAAUUCUCGAACUUAUACGACAGGAGUUUUGCACGCCGCAAAAGGAGGCGUGGAGGAAGUAA